AUAUCAUUCAGAGUAAAUUUCAAGAGUAAUAAUUGUUGUCGCAAAUUUCAUAAAACAUGUUGGCUUCACUGCGUUGCGAGAUGUGUAUGAAGGAAGUGAGAAGAUGUAUUAUUUAGAAGGGAGUAGGGAUGCAACAAAGAGGCUUUAAAGCUGCAACCCUCAAGUGAGAUGAGUUCUUUGCAAGGACUUCUUCUUUCACCGCCAUUCUUGGCUGUACCGAGUUGCGGCAAGAAAUCGAAGAAAAAGAAAAAUGGGACUUUAAAUGGAUAUCCUGGGACUUCAAAGAUCGCCGGCAAGAAUCCGGACAUUCAGUUUAGCUGUAAAAGCAAGCCAGAGUUCUACCAAUUCACAGCAGUGGCCGAGUCAGACAACCCCCCAGAAUUAUUCUUGGAUGAGAUUUCUGCCGACGACCCGCAGUUCAUGGAGCUGUUAGGAAUCAUGCUUGAGGGAAAAAGUUUAAGAGAAGACCAAGAAAUCGCUUUUGAAGCAUUUGUGUCAUCACUAUCCCAAUAUCCUCCUGAACAGCACAAGUGCAAAAGCAAACAGCUUGUCCACAUGAUUGUGAAAAAACUUAUAGAAAUUGAUUACGAAGGUGAUCGUGAUUUAGCUAGCUCCCUAGUCUCUACGAAUUCUGCAGGCUGUCAGAUGUUGUCAACUGAAGGGCUUUUGAAAGACAAGUAUGAAUGUGAUACAAAAUCAAAAAGUGGUGCUGAAACUGGUGGAUCAGCAAGCUGUAGCAACGGUGUCAGUAAAAGAAGCUGCUACCAGUCAUCAAAAAGUGGAACUGACGGCUCUGAUGUGAUACCAAAACAUUGCAAUUGCACAAAGCAGUCAAAUCCAGAAAUGAAGAGGGUCCGUAGGAAAAGGGACCACAAUAAAAAUCCUGUUGCCAAAGGUCACUUUGACGAUAUCAUUCAAAUUCUCAAAGAUGACCAGUUGCGAAGCGUGGUAUGGUUCCAAAACCUUCUUGGGGUUGUAGAGCAGCUGAAAGAUGCCUUCUUGAACUGCAGCACUGAUCAUAAGGCGUUGCCACAAUUAGCUGCUCCCAAUGGUCGGAUCAAACAACCCUCAUAUAAAAUAAGGUAUGGUCCUAAGAGAAGGAGAAGGAAACCAUCAAAGCUGAGAACGCAUCGUCGCUGCGGGAAACUCCGGGAUGCUGACUGCAACUUUCUGGAGGAAUAUUACAAGUACUUUACCUUCACCCAACACGUCCCAUCUGGCGUGGAUGAAAACUAUGAAGAAUUGUUGCACCUGCUACUUAUGUGCACUGAAAAUGACGAAGAAGUUGCGUCUCAGCUGGGGAAACAUGGCUCUGCCAUCCACAACCUCAUCAUGUGCAGACUUCUGGGAGAACUUUCUGGAGAUUUUGAGCCAGCUGGCGAUUCUUUGUUUAAUUUUGUGGAAAAAAUCACCACACCAGAAACAGCUAGAAGGCUGAACAUUUUCAUGUGCCAGUAUCAGGUGGUGACGCUUGUGCAUCUCAGCAUAUAUCUCAUCACUACUGUGUACCAGAUCGACAGGCAAAACAAUCUAAAGGUCACUGACCCUGACUGUACCCAUAACAAAUACCUUUUCUUCAGUGAAUUCGUGAGGAAAAUCAUUUACUGGUAUCACAACACACUGAUGGACCAGCGUAAGAAGUUGCAUCUUCCUAUCUACAGCACUUACAGCCGCCAAAGGAAAAAGCUGCUGAGGGAACAAGCCAAAAUUUCUGCUGCCAGAAAUCACCAAAACAUGCGAAACAACGCUGUCACUCUUGGACAUUUUAAGCAUUUGGUGGAGACGUAUAAACUUGCUGACCAGGUGCGUGCCAGCAUUGCUGCUGACCGCAAGCUGAAGACGGCGGCUGCUGCUGUCAAGGGUCACACGUGCCGCAAUGUUCACCCUGAUGGAAGUGUAUGCAGUCACAGCAAAGCAACUAAGGAUUUUCCUGUCCUCUCUGACUCAGACAGCUGCAGUGAGUCAGAUGACGAAUUCGAAUCGGUCAUGCGCAGGAUUGAAACCCCACCGCCUCAGCAGGCAAGAGGCCCAAGCACUCCACCUCCAGCUCAGCCUAAACCAGUAAGCAAGAAGCCACCUAAGAAAAAUAGGAAGCAAGAGAGGAAGAACAAGCGGGCUGCUGAGAAACUGGAGAAGGCUCGCCAAAAAGCCACUGUCGUUAAGGAUAUUCCUCAACCAAAAGGGAAACCAUUGUUGCCUCGCAAGAAGAGAAUUGCUACUCAACUUUGCGAUUCGCUAAUGAAAACCUCAGCGUGCACUUCAACCACUGAGGAUGAUUUCCUAGAACAGCUUGAUGAGCUCCCUAUAGAGGAUAAUGUAUUCAGGCUUGUUUGGCAGGAUGGUAAGGUAUAUUUUGACUAUAGAGUGGAAAGCUUCACCGGGGAACAGCUGGAGCUUAGUCCAGAGUUUCUCAAGCAGUACAAGAUUCCAGAGAAUGUGAUGUUAGACUCGGCCACCUCUGUUCUUGAUUGUGAUUCUUGUGCUGUCAUGGAGAAGGCAGCUAUUCUUGAAAAUCCAUGCCUGGCGGAUUUCAGAGAGUUCAUCAGGUCUCUUGGAGUGGAAAUUUAAAGAAGCCAUGUCGAUGACUUGUUGAGCAGGAUGGUUACCAAUUAAGGAACUAGUGUGGCAAAAGCUAACUUCUACCUGUGGUGAAUAUUUAAUGUUGCGUUAGUACAGCUAUGAUAAGCAAUUUGGAAAUUUAUGCCAAGGUGUUUCUUUAGUCUGAAUUAAUAGUUAUAAAUAAUAGGGACCACAAAUUUAAAGCCAUCUCUAUUUUGCCGCGAGUUGAUCUAUGUUGUGAAAGCUAAACCAAAAUUAUUUGGUUUCUAUAUGCUUACUAUUUAUUAUGAAAAUGUAGAAUCGCGUUUUGUUAGGUCCCAAAAUCUACAAAUACUGGUAACAGCAGCCUAGUUAAGUUCAAAAUAACAAUUCUCAACAUAAUUUUAAUUAUCUCACAAUUGUUAAUGAUCUCAGCUCUUUAAUUUGCAUUCAGCAACCUUGGCCAAAAUUUUCUUCUAGCACAUAUUUUUCGCAAAAUGUCUCUGUGCACAUGAAUUUAUCAAAAAUUAAAAUGUUGAGUUUUGGCUCAUUUUCCAAAAUAAAUUUCUCUUUUUAUUACCAUUGCAAAUUUCUUAAAUCACACUCAGGUUUAACACCUGACCGAUUUUGUGGAGCUGGUAUCUGAAGGUGUAUAUAUAAAAUUCUUGCAACGGUCAUGUGCGUGAAAAAUGAAUAACGAGGAGCUCAAAUUUGUAGUGUUCACCUAAAAUAUUUCAACUAUAAUUGCUGUCAUAACAGAAGCGACAUGUGCCAACAUUUCCGAAAUUAGCCCAUUUAGAUUAUUAAUAAUUAUUACGCCUGAUAUUAUAGCAACAAAAAAAUUGUAACACUGCCAACAAGCUGUUUUGCAGUGCACAAAUAUCAUCAGACUUUUUGUUAUUAUAAUUUAUACUUGUUUUUUAUGUUGAUUUCUGAAAAUUUCGAUCCACCUAAAAAAUUUUAUUCAAAGUUAGUCAGCUCCUGGAUAUUAUGUAUUUUAUUUGGUUUUCUAAUUGCUUAAGGUGAGAAAUUACAUUAAUUACUCCAAUUUGAGUAGGCAUUAAAAAGAAUGAUGUUCUUAUAGCAAGUGAGAUACAGUUUAACAUUUUGUGUGUUUCUUUAACUUGUGGUAUGUGGCAUGAACAUGAAGUGUGAUUAAAAAUAACCUUUAAUUUAAAA